UUCAAACGCACCCGGCGGAGCGGCUCCCAGCGGCUCCGAGCGCCACGUCGACUAACCGAACAGCCGAACCCGGACCCGCCAUGCUGGACCCGUCCUCCAGCGAGGACUCCGGCGGGGACUCGGACCCAGAAGUUGUGAGGGAGGCUCCGCGGAGAGGCGCCGGAGCGGGGAGCCGGGCGGGCCAGCCGCGGCAGCCCGCCGCACCUGGAGCCGCCGCCCCCGGGAGAGGAGCCGCGGAGGAGCCGGGGGGGGAGGCGGAGGAGCGGGAGCGCGAGCGCGAGCGGGAGCGGAUGAAGGAGGAGGAGGAGGAGAGGAAGAUGAAGCUGCAGAUCUACGUCUUCGUGCUGCGGUGCGUCUCCUACCCGUUCAACGCCAAGCAGCCCACCGACAUGGCCCGCCGGCAGCAGAAGGUGAACAAGCAGCAGCUGCAGGCGGUGAAGGAGCGCUUCCUGGCCUUCCUGGACGGAGACACUCAGAUCGUGGCCGACGAGGCUUUCUGCAACGCCGUGAGGAGCUACUACGAGGGCUUCCUGAAGAGCGAGCGCGUGUCUCGCAUGGUGCAGAGCGGCGGCUGCUCGGCCAGCGACUUCCGUGACGUCUUCAAGAAAAACAUCGAGCGGCGCGUCCGCAGCCUGCCCGAGAUCGACGGCCUGAGCAAAGAGACGGUGCUGAGCUCCUGGAUCGCCAAGUACGACGCCAUCUACAGGGGGGACGAGGACGUGCGGCGGCAGCCUCAGCGGGCGCCGCCGAGCGCCGUGUCGGAGCUCAUCCUGAGCAAGGAGCAGCUGUACCAGAUGUUCCAGCAGAUCCUCGGCAUCCGCAAGUUUGAGCACCAGCUGCUGUACAACGCCUGCCAGCUGGACAAUGUUGACGAGCAGGCAGCUCAGAUCCGCCGGGAGCUGGACGGCAGACUGCAGCAGGCGGAGAGGAUCUCCAGGGAGAGGAGGUAUCCGCGGUUCGUCUCGGCCGACAUGGAGGCUCUGUACGUGGAGGAGCUGCGCUCGGCCGUCAGCCUGCUGAUGGCCAACCUGGAGAGCCUGCCGGUGUCCAGAGGAGGCGCCGACUUCAGGCAGAGGCUCAAACGCUCCUCCGUCAACAGCUCCUUCCUGGACAUGGACGAGGGAGACCUGCUGUCCAAGUCCGACGUGCUGCUGUCCUUCAGCCUGGAGAUCGUCAUCGUGGAGGUCCAGGGCCUGAAGUCGGUGGCUCCCAACCGCAUCGUCUACUGCACCAUGGAGGUGGAGGGGGGCGAGAAGCUGCAGACGGACCAGGCCGAGGCCUCCAGACCACAGUGGGGGACUCAGGGGGACUUCACCACCACUCACCCUCUGCCUUCGGUCAAAGUCAAGCUGUUCACUGAGAGCACCGGGGUCCUGGCUCUGGAGGACAAGGAGCUGGGUCGGGUGAUCCUGAACCCAACCACCAACGGACCCAAGCAGGCCGAGGUCCACCGCAUGCUCGUCCCCAAGAGCAGCCAGGACACGGAGCUGAGGAUCAGACUGGCCGUCCGCAUGGACAAGCCCGCCAACAUGAAGCACAGCGGGUACGUCUUCGCUGUGGGACAACGAGUCUGGAAACGCUGGAAGAGGAGAUACUUUGUGCUGGUCCAGGUCAGCCAGUACACCUUCGCCAUGUGCAGCUACAGGGAGAAGAGGGCGGAGCCUCAGGAGCUGAUGCAGCUGGAGGGCUACACGGUGGACUACUGCGACGCCCAGCCAGGCCUGCAGGGCGGCCGGGUGUUCUUCAGCGCGGUGAAGGAAGGCGACCUGGUGAUGUUCGCCUGUGACGACGAGCCGGACCGGGCGCUGUGGGUCCAGGCCCUGUACCGGGCCACCGGGCAGUCCUACAAACCCGUCCCGCCGCCCCAGAACAAAACCACCAACUGCAGAGGAGCAAACCAGAACCCGGCGUCUCCCAUCAGUCUGGAUCCCACUCAGCGUCAGGGGGUGGAGGAGCUGAUCUCGGCCCCCCCGAGCCUCUUCGACCACGCCGCCCUCUUCACCGUCCUGCAGAAGCACACUCUGCUGCACCGCAUGAACGACUCCUUCUCCUGCCUGGGCUGGUUCAGUCCGGGGCAGGUCUUCGUCCUGGAUGAGUACUGCGCCCGGUACGGCGUCCGCGGCUGCCACCGCCACCUCAGCUACCUGACGGCCCUGAUGGACUACUGUGAGAACAACGCACUGGUGGACCCCACCCUCCUCCACUACAGCUACGCCUUCUGCGCCUCCCACGUCCACGGGAACAGGCCGGACGGGAUGGGCACGGUCACCGUGGAGGAGAGGGAGCGCUUCCAGGCCGUCCGGAGCCGCCUCAUGGCCCUGCUGGAGAACCAGAUCACACACUUCAGGUACUGCUUCCCCUUCGGACGGCCGGACGGGGCGCUGAAGGCCACGCUGUCCCUGCAGGAACGGGUGCUGAUGAAAGACAUCACCACCCCGGUUCCUCCGGAGGACAUGAAGCAGCUGGUGCAGAGGUGUCUGGAGAAGGCGGCUCGGAUCAACUACAGCCAGCUGAUGGAAUACGCUCAGGUCAAAGUGGACCCUCAAGCUGCUCCAGAGAAGAGACUGGAAGACAUGAUGAGACUGGGAGAGCUGAGCAUCGAAGUGCUGCAGCAGAACGAAGAGCAUCACUCUGAGGCCUUCUCGUGGUGGCCGGAGCUGAUGGCCGAGCACGCCGAGACCUUCCUGUCGCUGUACCGAGCCGAUAUGGACGGCGCUCUGCAGGUCCAGCCCGCCGACUCCUGGAACAGCUUCCCGCUCUUCCAGCUCCUCAACAACUUCCUGAGAACCGACCCCCACCUGUGCAACGGAGCCUUCCACCGGCACCUCCAGCAGCUGUUCACGCCCCUGGUGGUGCGCUACAUCGACCUGAUGGAGUCGUCCAUCGCCCAGGCCGUCCACCGCGGCUUCGAGCAGGAGACCUGGCAGUCCGUCAAGUCGUUGACGAACAACCUGGCCGCCGUCCCUCUUCCUAAAGUCCCCAGCCUCCCGCUGUCGCUGCCGCAGAUGCCCAGCUUCUCGGCGCCCGCCUGGAUGGGGCCGCUCCGUGAGAACACCAGCGGCUCGGCCACCUCCGAGGAUCUGUUCUGGAAGCUGGACGCUCUGCAGAUGUUCGUGCUCGAUCUGCACUGGCCGGAGCCCGAGUUCGCCAAACAUCUGGAGCAGAGACUGAAGCUGAUGGCCAGCGACAUGAUGGAGGCCUGCGUGAAGAGAACCAAAUCUGCUUUUGACGCCAAGAUGCAGAAAGCGAGUAAAUCGACGGACUUCAGGGUGCCGCCGUCGGUCUGCACCAUGUUCAACGUGCUGGUGGACGCCAAGAAGCAGAGCUCCAAACUGUGUGUGCUGGACAGCAGCCAGGAGAGUGACAAACAGUGGCAGCAGUACCACUCCAGGAUCGAUGUGCUGAUUGACGACGCCUUCCAGGAGAUGCUGUCCUCCCUCGUCUCCAAGUUCGCUGCGGUUUUAGACGGCGUCUUGUCCAAACUGUCCCGAUACGACGAGGGGACGCUCUUCUCUUCAAUCCUGUCCUUCACCAAACCAGGGAUGGACCUGGCCGACACCUACAUCACGUUUGUACGGCAGAACCAGGACAUCCUGCGAGACCGCAUCGGCGACGAGCUCCACAUCGAGAAGAUGUUUGAUCUCUGGUACUCCGGCUCCAUGAAGUCGCUUUGUGUUUGGCUGACGGACAGACUGGACCUGCAGCUCCACAUGUACCAGCUGAAGACGCUCAUCAAGAUCGUCAAGAAGACGUACCGGGACUUCCGGCUGCAGGGCGUCCUGGACGCCACGCUGAACAACAAGAGCUACGAGACCGUCUACAACCGGCUGACGGUGGAGGAGGCCACGGUGGCCGUGAGGGCCGGGGACGGCCUGCAGGGCGUCUCCAUGAGAGACAGCGACGAGGACGAGGACAACUGAACAAGGGACAGCGACGAGGACGAGGACAACUGAACAAGGGACAGCGAUGAAGACGAGGACAACUGAACAAGGGACAGCAACGAGGACUGAUCAAGAGACAGCGACGAGGACAACUAAACAAGGGACAGCGACGAAGACGAGGACAACUGAACAAGGGACAGCGACGAGGACGAGGACAACUAAACAAGGGGCAGCGACGAGGACUGAUCAAGAGACAGCGACGAGGACAACUAAACAAGGGACAGCGACGAAGACGAGGACAACUAAACAAGGGACAGCGACGAGGACUGA